AUGGUCCACACACUUCCCUUCGCCGACAUCCAAGUCACGUCGCCAGGCUUUGGCGCCAUGGGCAUCAGCUUUGGCCUUGGCAGCAACCUGACGCUCGAACAGGCUGAGCCUGUUCUCCUUAAGGCGAUUGAACUUGGCUGCACAUUCUGGGAUACAGCAGUGGUUUAUCAGGCUGGUGUCAACGAAAGGCUUCUGGGAGAUUUCAUCAGGAAGCACAACGCUCGCGACAAAGUCUUUUUGGCAUCCAAGUGUGGGAUCGCUGCCUUUGGCGAUAUGGGUGUAACCAACUCCGCCUCUCACAUUAAUGAGUACAUUGAAGGCACUAUCGACCGGCUUGGUUUCACACCUGACCUUUACUAUCUACACCGUAUUGAUCCAAACACUCCGCUCGAGGAGUCCAUCCCAGCGUUGGACAACCUUCGCAAGCAGGGCAAAACCAAGUAUAUUGGCCUAUCAGAAUGCUCAGCAGCGACACUGCGCAAGGCCAACUCCAUCGCCAAGAUCGAUGCUCUCCAAGCUGAAUACUCCGCCUUCGAAACUCUCCAUGAAACGGACGGCUUGAUCGACGCAGCAAAGGAAUUGGGCAUCGCCUACGUGGCAUAUAGCCCUCUCGGUCACGGUUGGCUUGUCGAUGGCUUCCCCUACAAGACCCCUGACGAUUUUGCCCCCGAUGACUUCCGUCGCACUGUUCCCAAGUUCCAAGGUGAGAACUUCUACAAGAAUAAGGCGAUUGUCACCGAAAUCAAGAAGCUGGCAACGCGCAAGGGCUGUUCCCUAACGCAGAUCGCUCUGGCAUGGGUGGCAGCCCAAGGCAUGAUUGCCAUUCCUGGCACAACCAAGUCUACGCGACUGGAGGAGAACUUUGCGUCACGAGAUGUGGAAUUGUCGGAAGAUGAAAGGAAGGAACUCCGGCGUAUAAUUGACUCGGCCAAACCAGUCGGCAACAGGUAUAAUGAGGCUCAGCAGGCUCUUGUGGGUCAUUAA